AUGAAUUUCCUAAAUUAUUAUUAUAGUAAAUAAUUUUAUUAAGUGAAAUUACCUAUGUACGGGUACUAAAAUCCUUUUUAGAUGACAUAGAAUGGUUUUGCAGCAAACAAUUCUGAACACCUUCUACCACUACACCAACCUAUUUAUCGCCAAAAUUAAAAUUUUUGCAGAGGAUAGACAUAAGAGAAAAAAGCCCCCGAAUAACCUAUUAAGUAAAUGAGUCAACCUCAAUCUAAUUUAACUGAAACAAAACCAAACCCUUUAAUAAGAAUACAUGAAAAAUCAUAAGUCACCUAGCCUAAUAGUUUUGGGAAGAAAAAAAAUAGUAAUUAGUUAUAAAAAGUUGUUACAAGAUUGGAAAAAAAUAAUAAUAAUGAUGAUAUUGCUCCUAAUGGUAUAAACAAUAAGAUUUAUAAUAAUCAAAAUAUUAACUAGAAAAUAUAAUCUAAUAGAUAUUAUAUUGAUGAUCUGAUCACAGCAUUUUAGGAUGAAACAGUGAGUUUUUCUAAAUUAUUUCGAGACAAUUUCGUACAUGCCUUUAAUUUUAUACCUACAUUAAAAUCAGUGCAAUUUGUUUAAGCUGAAGACAAGGAAAAAUAAGAAAAAAAAGUAAAAAUGGAUCCCUACCCAGAACAUCUGAAAUGUACAAUAUACUAAUUGAUUUAUAUAGUCAAGAAGACAGUAAUUUUUGAUUUGGAUGAAACUUUGGUUCAUUGCAAUGAAGAUGAGAGUAUGCCAUCUUAAAUUGUAUUGCCUAUCACAUUCCCUACUGGAGAGAAAGUGAAUGCAGGGAUCAAUAUUAGGCCAUUUGCAGAGAAAAUGAUACAAUUAUUAAGUAAUGUUUGCGAAGUGAUGAUCUUUACAGCUUCUCAUGAAUGUUAUGCUAAUGAAGUUAUUAAUCAUUUGGAUCCCUAGACGAGAGUAAAAAGGAGAAUUUUCAGAGAUAGUUGUGUUACGGAUGAGAAUUCCAUCUACUAUAUUAAAAACUUAGAGGUAAUCGAUCGAGAUCUGAAGGAUGUUGUGAUAGUGGAUAACGCAUCAUAUAGUUUUUUUCAUCAUCUUGAGAAUGGGAUCCCCAUAGUAUCUUUUUAUGAUGAUAAGCAAGACAAUCAAUUAAUCAAAUUAUAUAGAUUUCUAAUAAAUAAGGUUUUGCCUUUAGAAGAUGUUCGACCUUUGCUUAAAGAGUAUUUCAAGUUAGAUUAAAUUGAUCAAUUCUAAACAAUAGUUGAAGCAGUGGAAAAGAUGUAUUGUAUUGAGUGAAGUUUAUUUGGAUACUAUUUGUUUAUUUUUAUGUUAGUGUCAUUUAUAAUUAAUAA